CAGGCCUGGCUCGGCGUUGUGUGGUGGGGGUGGGGGCAGUGGUGGGGGUGCGCUGUGGCGUCAGCCGACUAGUGUGCUUGUUUUGCUAGUUGUGCCCACACGCCGACAGUGGCAGCAAGCUGUUUUCGUCGUGGUUAAUUGCGUCUAGCCAAUGCAGUGGUCUCGAUCGUGCGGAUGCAGUGCCAGGCGACCCCGGUCAGCGGCAGGGACGCUCACGAGCGCGGCCUCGGUGAUCCACUCACUCAGUUUGCGACAUUGAACAGCACGGAGCGAUAGCCCUGCGCGGCGAUCGAUAGACCGAGAGGGGCAACCGUAGGAAUGAACGCGAUGGAUGGUGCCCAUUUGCUGUCCGUGCUGUUGUGUUUGGCCGCGUUCUUACAGUACGCGAGCCCCUUGCAACCGAAUGAAAAAGUCGAGACAGGAGUACAAAACCUCAAGAGUCUGUACAUAGCGGCAGUGUUCCCCAUGAAGGGCCAUGGUGGCUGGCUCGGCGGUCAAGGAUGUCUUCCAGCGGCGCUUAUGGCAUUAGAAGAUGUGAACAAGCGGUCUGACCUCUUGAUUGGUUACAAGCUCGAAAUUGACUGGAGGGACAGCCAGUGCAAUCCCGGUCUAGCAGCGACAGUCAUGUAUGACCUGCUCUACAAUGAACCACAGAAAUUGAUGCUGCUGGGAGGUUGCAGUAUUGUUUGCUCUACAGUUGCUGAAGCUGCUAAAAUGUGGAACUUGGUUGUUAUAUCGUAUGGGUCUAGCUCACCUGCACUGUCCAAUAGAAAACGUUUUCCGACAUUCUUCAGGACGCAUCCAUCAGCUACUAUUCACAAUCCCACACGCAUCAAGUUGUUUCAGAAGUUCUCUUGGUCAAGAAUAGCUAUUAUUCAAGAAGCUGAAGAAGUUUUUAUAUCUACAGGUGAAGACUUGGAAGCACGUUGUAAAGAAGCACACAUUGAAAUUGUUACCAGGCAAAGCUUUCUAACUGACCCCACUGAUGCAGUCAAGAACCUUGUGAGGCAAGAUGCACGAAUCAUUGUUGGCAUGUUUUAUGUUGCUGCAGCGAGACGGGUAUUUUGUGAGGCAUAUAAACAGAAUGUUUUUGGCAAGCAGUAUGUUUGGCUUCUAAUUGGGUGGUACGAGGAUGGAUGGUACACAGUCCAAGACAAAGGCCACAACUGCACUACAGAGCAGAUGAAAGAGGCCCUGGAAGGGCACUUCACCACUGAAGCUCUUAUGCUCAAUCAAGGAUCCCAGGAGACGAUCUCGGGAAUGAGCUCACAGCAGUUCCUGGAGCGCUAUGAACGAGCACUUGCCGAACAAAAUGGAGGCCUGCAGGGCUACAAACCUGAAGGGCAUCAGGAGGCACCCCUAGCUUAUGAUGCCAUCUGGGCAAUUGCAUUAGCACUCAACAAGACCAUCAACACCCUGCGUGAAUACUCUAUGAGUAUUGAGGACUUCACUUACACCAAUCACAAGAUUGCUGAUGAAAUCUGGUCAGCCAUGAACGCCACUCAGUUUCUUGGUGUCUCGGGAUUCGUUGCCUUCUCAGCAAAAGGUGACCGCAUGGCUUGGACACUCAUUGAACAAAUGAUUGAUGGAAAUUAUGUCAAGAUUGGUUAUUUUGAUACCCAGACUGAUAAUUUGACAAUACUAAACCAAGAAAAGUGGACAGAUGGGAAGCCACCUCAAGACCGUACAAUCAUAGUUCGAGUGCACCGCAAAGUGUCACUGAGUCUCUUUGCUGGAAUGUGUGCUGUGGCCUUCAUCGGUGUUGUCUGGGCAGUUGGCCUGCUUAUAUUCAAUUGGAUAUUCAGGCAUUCCAGGUACAUACAGCUUUCCCAUCCCAUGUGCAAUAACAUUAUGCUCAUCGGCAUCAUCCUGUGCCUGGUGUGUGUCUGCCUGCUUGGCCUGGACGGACAGUUUGUCAGCGAGUUCAGAUAUGCACACAUCUGCCAGGCUCGUUCGUGGUUCCUGGCCAUUGGGUUCACGCUGUCGUUUGGUGCUAUGUUCUCCAAGAUAUGGAGAGUGCACCGUCUUACGACAAAGUCCAAGUCCGAAAGCAAGGGCCUGUCUUUCCAGCGCGUGGAGAGCUGGAAGCUGUAUGGGAUGGUGGGCGGCCUCGUGUUGGUGGAUGCAGUGAUCCUGUCUGCCUGGCAGCUGGUAGACCCCAUGCAGCGCCACCUCGAAGUCUUUCCUCUUGAACCACCUGCCCUCUCUGAUGAGGAUGUUCGCAUUGAGCCUGCCCUCGAGCACUGCGAGUCACGCAACCAUGCCAUCUGGCUCGGUGUGAUGUACAGCUAUAAGGGCUUGUUGCUCAUAUUUGGCAUCUUCCUUGCAUAUGAGACACGGAGUGUCAAGAUCAAGCAGCUCAACGACUCACGCCUUGUUGGCAUGAGCAUAUACAACGUUGUGGUGCUGUGUCUGAUCACGGCGCCAGUCACGCUGGUGAUUGGCAGCCAACAGGAUGCCACCUUUGCAUUUGUCGCCCUAGCCAUCAUCUUCUGCAGUUUUCUCUCCAUGGCACUCAUCUUCGUACCCAAGAUUAUAGAACUGGUGCGGCGGCCCCGCGAGCGUGCGGACGUGCGGAGCCUUAUGGACACCAUCACGAGCAAGGAAGAGGAAGAGAGGCACCAGCGGCUGCUUGCAGAGAAUGAGGACCUCAAGAAGCAGAUUGCUGAGAAGGAGGAGCAGAUACAAGUUCUUAACCAGAAGCUGCAGGAGCGACAGCGGCUAGCCCACCAGACUGCAUUGCCUGCUAGCGGUGAGAGGGUGCGUAUUGCACUGCCACCCACCUAUGCAGAUGGCCUGCUCGCCCCCAAGGAGCCCGUGGCCAUUGACCCUGUCUCCGAUUCUGGCUUUGUCACGGGCACCUCUCUGGUUGGCCGUGGCUCACGUCUCUCCCGUUCAGACUUUGAAUUCUCUGAGUCAUACCUUUAAUCCGUGACAUACGAUCAGGCUGCACAACACUCUGUGUGGCUGCUGGAGUUUGCCAUUUGCUAUAAGGCCCUCGAUGGCUAAUGUACAAACUUUCAUAGGGGAUUUCUUUGCAUAGGGGUACUUAGGAGAGGAUGAGCAGCAAAUGAUGGCUUGCUCUUUAUUCCUGUAACUUUCAACCCUCAUGUUCUCUUUGUCUUGUGCCACAGUUCAGAAAGAGGGUUGUUUUCAGGUAGGCUUGCCCCCAUCUGUGAAGUUCGCGCUGGUGUGCUUUGGUGGCUUGUUUCUGUUUGGCACGGCAUAUUCUCUUGGCAUCUUAUUAAGUAAGGAGGCUGGAAGAAUAGACACUGCAUAUUACCGCUUUUGAGACACUUGCUUUGUAUUUUUAAGAAAUAACAGGUACAGUGAAACAGGAGACAAUGGCAGAAAGUUAAAGUAUUGAUUUCAUUUUAUUUUACAGAACAGAAUUAUUUUUAUGAGGGAUAUGUGCAGAUGUAUAUAUUGUGGAAUAACCUCACGGCUCUGUAUGCAUUUUUUUUACUUCAAACUAUGUUCCUUUUUUUUUGUCAAGGUUUCAAAUACUCACUGUCACCAGUGGUGGUCUUGUACCCACAGGUAAUAGGCAGUUAUAGUUUACUCUUAGUUUAAUAGCAGGGGUAAGGUAAUAGCAUUACCAUGAUGGAAACGUUCGUUGCGGACAGCACCUUAUAUUUUAGCAGGAUAGCGUUUACAUGGUUUACGUGCCCCAACUGGGUCUGUGGCACCACCUACCGGAGGGUUGAUAAGUUAAGGAACAGUGAAAAGGAAAAGAAAACAGGAAUGUUUGCCUGUAUCACCAUGCGAGGCGAUGUUGCAAGUUUUUUAGUAAUAGUAAACAUAAAUAAAUAUGAACCAGGCACGAAACGUGAAAAGAUUUUAUGUUGCCAAUUUGGUUACAUCAAUCUUCUAGUUAGGCCUAGAGACGUUCAAAAUGGGAAGCUACCUCAAAAACUAUGCUAACUUAUCCAUAAUACUCGGUCAUCAAGGCUAACUGAAGGCAAGCAAAGCCACUUUAAACAAUAGAUUGCUACGAACAAAGUGAAUCUUUCAAAAACUGCCAAAAUCGCUUCUUACCUACACUACGUGAACCACGCUAACACGGUAACAUUACUGCGCAUUUGCACUUCGAUCCCGCUAUCCCGGUAAGCCUGCUACCCCACUAAACGCAGUAAACUAAUAUUAUCCAAUACGUUCUUUCAUUGCACAAUGAAUGAUGCAAUUCCUUCUCACUCCGUCAUGCCAACGAGUUUUGUUUUUUCAUUGCUCAUCUCCUUAGUUCUCAGUUCAUCAUUCUAGGUGGCAAGCAUCUUGAAUCUUGCAUUGUUAUCAUAGCAUGAAAAUAUUUAUCAGCCAGUUACCUGCUCAUAAUUUUAGUCAUUUUUUACGUGGCUUUUGCUAUGGUGUGCUGUCCUUUCUCCCGACAACUUUUUUUUAUUCGUGUAAUUGGUGAAAAUAUUUUAUUUUAGCUCAUUUACAAAGUCCAUUUUCUGUGUGCUUUUCUUGCCAUCAGUGGUUCUUGCUUUUCCUCUUGUAAAAGCCUUAUAAAUUGCCUUGCUGCUUGUACAAUGUUUUUCGUGCGGGCAGUAAUAAUUUUUCAAUGCUGACUGUUGUUCUUGGGAGAUCAUGUUUUCCUUAUAAAGAAAAAUCAACUUUACGUGGAGCAAAUUUGUAAGGCUGUAUGAUACCACAGCUAGUGAUAAUUUUUUUUUCACCUCGCCACAAGAGCAAGGAUGAGUGUCAAGUGUUUAUAAAGUUUGCUUAUUAUGUGACUAAGUGAAAUGUGCAUAAAAAUAAAAACAGUCAGGGAUGUAAUUGUCCAACAAAACAGUUACUGUGGCACUCCAUAACUUAUUUUUUAUUGUUUUUCUUCCUUUUUUGUUUUUAGGCAUUUAAACUUUAUUUAUUAACUCUAAUGUACUAGUCAGUGCAUAAUUGUUGUUUGGUAUGACUGAACAUGCAACACGGUCCAGCAGCAGCACAACAUGCUCACAUUGCCACAGCUAGAACCAUAAACAACAAAAUUUAGCCUAUGUUUUGGAAGAAAGGCUCAAAAGCUACAAAAUACAAUGGAGUCUUCUCGGUGAUCUUGCACCACACGCACACUACGUGGAUCUAUGCGUGGAUCCAAAAUCUAUAUUUCAUAUGUGGAAUUCCUAUUCCAUUGUGGAUCGAAAGUUGAACAAAUGUUUCACACUUCUAUGGCAGGGCAGCACCCCACAAAAUCGUGGAAGAAAAGUGCGGCUUUUACACUAGUGUAUACAGUAUGCUUAUUUUUCUUUAUAAUAUGCGAUAUACUAUACCGUUCGAAUUCAAUUCAAAAUUGUUCGAUCAAAUCACUACUCGCUUGAAUUUGCUUUGAACCUAAGAUUUACUAAUUGCACAAGCCUACUGUCGAGUAAACUUUGUGCAUUAUGCAUUACAAGGAAACAGAAGAGCAAUUACAAAAGGAGCGUUUACUUAGUUCUGCGUGACUGAAAAUAAUGACUUCAAGCUCUCUUGAUCAGUUUAAUUCAGUGUGCUAUGUUUGUGUCUUUCUAGUGUAAAUCAGUGUGCCAUCAUAACUGAAAACAUUGUCUUCAUUUGUGACAUAUGCGACUAUUAGUGUCGUGUUCCUUUUCAAAACAGACUCCUAAACUGUAAUGGAGACCCUUAUGUAUUCAGAGUAACAUAUUUUGACAUAUGAAGUUAAGAAGCAGCAGUUAUGCAAAUAAUAUCUUCGAUGCACACACUACUUUUAAAAUGUUUACAUGUCCUAAGCUGUACAAAAUUAACCUCUUUUAUUUGUUUUUAGUUGCCGAUUUUCGUUACUGUUGUUUGAUGCAUGUCUUAACGUUUCAAACUUUCUGCCGCAGAGCACAUUGCCUUGUUUACUUCAUUAUUAUUUUUUAAUCUUGUUUUGUGGUAUUGUUGCAUGUUAUUUAUUGUAAUUGUGAGAGCAUAUUUUGAAUUCAUGUUUAAGCUGCUUUAAGUCUUCAUAAGUUUAUGCAUUUAUAUGUAGCGCUGACUUUUUCUCCCUGAUUAGGAUCAAAAGCAUCAAUGAAAGUGUGCCAUGGUAUUUAUUACUAUAAAAAAACACUAGGCACUGCUGAGAACUGCAAUUCGGUAUGCACUUGCACUAUAUAAAACAUGCAUUUGUACAACACUGCAUCGGCAAAAUAUUUCAUACUUGUAAGUCACCUUUAGGUAGUGUGCACUUUUAAGUGUUUUGUGUUCAGAAACGAUCACGAUCCUGCAUUCCUGAAAAUUUAGAAGCCUUAUUUUUGUAAUCUCGUUAAAAUGUGAUUAGCAUCAUGUCUGUUCCACAAAAUCAUUACACACCUUAGGGCUGGCUUCCCAGCUUGAGAAAAUAAUAUUUUGAAUUAAACCCUCAUCACAUAGGCACUCAAAAGACUUUUGCGCGAGAAGAGUUCUUACAAAAAAGACUUUUUUAGCCUGCAGACACACAACAGAGAGCGAUCUCUUAUACAUUAGCAAUCUUUUUGGAAGCCGAGUUCGUCAGUCUCUUUUAUGGGUGUAAAAGAGUAGCCUCAAAACCAGCAGGUGCCAGCAAUUAUAAAUUGGUGACAAAAAAUGGCAAAUGGUUUUUGCUCUGUCAGCUAAGCUCAUCAUAAAAAUUUAUUAAUUUGAUAUCUCAUAUAAAGCAUGCUAAACCUUUUAAAGCUUAUUUUCUUCUCCACUCUCAUAAGCUUGUAGAACGGGUCGGCGAUAUCACAUGGGGGCGCUAAGCGUGUCGCAUGCACAUACUCAAGAAAAGUGGCAUCGUAGCAUGUAUGGCCAAUGGCAGUGACCAAACCGCCCUCGAUAAGCACAAAGAACAAUGGCUACAAUGGUUGGAAUAACAUAUAUUUAUUUUGACUGAUUCUCUUUCAAAAAGCUUUCGGUAGUGAGUUUAAAAAAAAACACUCAAAAGAGAUUGUCGGUACCAUGUGUCUGCGAGACAACGCUUCUUCUUUAGGAAGUAUUUUAACUUUGUAAAUGACUGCUUACAUAAAAGAGUUUCUGCGUGCUCGUGUAACAAGAGUUAUCUGGGUUCUGCAAUUUUCCAUCUAGUCCAAUGGGGAAAUCAUGCCAGCUCACAUAUUUUAUAACAGGCUGCGCUCAAUACAAAUGUUAACAGCUGCCUAAGCAAUGGUUAGUCAUUCACAUCCUCAUGCUUUUAAAAGGAAUCGCAUUUUGAAAUAUAUAAUUGUUUCUGUCUGCAAUUUCUCAUGUUUUCAUCACUUCCUUGCUUGGUUGCUUGUUUGUUUUCUGUUGUUUCUGUGCUUUGAUUUCAUGUUUUAUUGAAAAUGAUGUUAUGGAUGUGCGUCUUGUACCAACACCUCAAUUAUGUGGACUAGUCAUCCCGAGGCUUUUUAAAAGACUAAUUCAAUUCUACUAUACUUUCUCAAAAAAUUAGCUGGAAUGUGAUAAUUUUGUUGAUUUAUUCGUCCUUGUUGAUUAAAGUUGAAUUUUUUUAGCAACACAGAAAGUAAUAGUACUGGAAAGUCUAGAGCUGAAGUGUAUUAUUGUAUGCUGUUUAUUUAUCUCCAAAAUGUUGUAGCAUAAUGUAGCAGUCUUAACAAAUAUGGCAGCAAUAUGUCAGGUCAACAAUGUCAGCAUCGGAUGUGCUACCUGUUUGUGUGCAUGAUUUCAUUUUCUCACGGACAUCCACAUGCACAUGUAAACAUGCAACACGCAUAAUGCUAGGCAAGUUAUGAACAGCCUAGGUUUCUUUCUUAAAGUAAUGCAUAAGUCCUUUGUCAUAUGUUUCAUCCCUCAUAUCUGGUCAAAACAUGUGUCACAGUUGGUUUCCUCAUCUCUUGUUAUUUCUUUUCAUCGCUGUAUUUUUUUUUUUUGCCCACUAUGGCUGAAGUCCAGUGCAUCUGGCAAAUGGGCUAUGUCAUGUUGCUUUUACUGAACCACUUCAAGAAGGGUAUGCACAACAUAUUUAUUUUUAUAAUUUGUUUCACAGUGUAUUUAUUUACAUAUGGGACCUGUGUUCCUAGUACUUUCUAUAUACAUAUAUAUGAUAUACACAAUUAAGCUAUCAUUACAUGCAUUUCAGUGACACGUUUUACCAAGAUGAGGUCACACAGUGUGUGUAUGCUAAUAUAAAUGCAUGCACUGUUGUUGCAAAUUUAUACUACAUUGUGCAGAACACCUAGUUUGUGUUGGUCGAGUUCAUGUUGUGCAAGAUAGUACGAUGAAAAAUGUCAUAUCGAGAGAGCAUGUGACUGCUUUUAGUGCUAUUGAAUUGUUAUGUAAGCAGUCACAUUGUUUAGCAAGCUGGUCUGUUAAAAGGGAUUUGCUUGCCACAUGCACUCUCUUUUACACUGUCAUACGUCUAGCCAUGGCAAAUGUUUUAUGAAUCUGUCUGGUUGCACAAGUAAUUACCAUGGAGGUUAGGUGCAUGUUAAAAGGGAAUUUCAUUAGCACAUACUGCGAGAUUCAUCUAACUUGUGCUCCAUGAGCACUUAAGCUUUGACCAUCACAUAAAUGAAAACAGCGUUAAAGAUGAAAAGGGUUGACAGACUAUGUUCUACCACAUUUGUAGCUGUAGGUUGGUGAAAAAAUAUCUUCCUUGAAAUUGUUAGUCGCCUCCUGUGGCAUCUGACCAUGGCUAGUCAAAUGAAAGCUUAAGCAUUCAGGGUUAAGUAACCUCUCAAUCAAUUUACAUAAAAUUUUGAAUUGAAAAUUAAAAAAAAAUGAAAUAUAACUUUAGUGGUAAAUAAGAGCACAUUAGUCUGAUUUAAGCUUUCCCUUUUCUCUCGUUAAAGUCAUUUUGAAAUUUGGUACAUUUGCUACAUGAUGGCAAGACUGUGAUACCACGAAAAAAAAAAAUCAAAAUUACACAGACUACCCUAGAGCUUUUAAAAUAGAUAAAAUUGAUAAAUUAUAUACAAAUUUAGAACGUUGCACUGUUUUCAAAAUAGAGCUUAGCCGAACUUUCUUAAUGUGAUAGCACUUUGGCAUCAUAUUUUAUGUUAGCGGCAAUAUUUUAUUUACUUGUAAUUCUCUGUUAAGUGCAGUCUGCAGAAGUAUGAUCUUUUAUUGUUGAGUUAAGCUUUUUCGUGAACUUAAAUAUACUCUGUGUUUAAGUGAAAAAAUUUGCUAGUAACAUUAGCUCAAAUUUUGCAUUAGAAUUGUCAGGCAUUUUAUUGAAAUCAGUUCACUGGUUGCCUAAUGAUAGUGUUUUAUAAAGGAAGACCUGAAUAUAAGCUUUCUUUUUUUUUCUUCUUUAUGUCUUUCUUUUUUUUAGGGUUUCGUUGCAUUUAAACUAAAAGUUUGCUUACUGUAAGAUUUUGUAUAAAAUAAAAAAGAGACAUGAACUCUUGAGUUUCAUAUCUAGUGUGAUUCUUCUGUUUGGGUAGAAAGAAAUUCAGAUAGCAAAACUUUGGCAUUCUUAUGAAACUUUCUCUUUAUACACUUUUUCCACUGAACAAGUAACAGACGAGUAAUGUAAUUCUCUCACAUAAUUUAAGGUUUCUUUAUACUUAGAGACACCCCACAAGUGGCUCCCACUGCAGAGCAUUUAGUGGUGCACUUUUUAAAUGCAUCCUUUGCUGGGUCCCUUCAGAAAGUGUUAUGCACUGGAGGUCUGAAAGCACCAUCGAAGGAGUGCGCAACUGCACAGAUUUUUGCAAAGGUUUUAGUUGUGGAGAUAAAAGAAAAUUAAAUGUUGUUGCAGUGCUGCUAGGAGGAAGGCUAUUAUCGCUAUGGCCGAGUCUUUUUCAUAUUUACCUAAUUAGCACCUGCAAGCGAUACCUUUUCCCCCAUCUUUGCUUGCACAAGAGUCAAGAGCGUGUGCAGGCUUACUUUGCAUGCUUGGCUGUUUUUUCAGCAAGCUGAGGUGUAAUAAUUUGCAGGCACAAUCUUUAACACAUGGUUCAAGGCAGUGUGUGCGAGAACAUUUGUACUUGCAAGAAAGAAAAACAAAAACCUGUCUCCCUGCUACUUAUAAAGGAACAGCAAUUUUUGCUCCAUCUGUUUGCACAUUGGCUAACACUACAUAUUUUGUUUUAAUAACCUAAAAGCUAGCUUUUUUUAUAAUUAUUAUUGUAGACACUGCCAAACAAUGUAUAUGACAUUUACUGUUUGCAUGUUCAUGCUGCAGUGAAAAGCAUGCGAGACGCUUAGAAUUUGAGGUUGCAAGUUGCAUCAAAUACAAAUUCUGGUCUUUUUUUUUUCUAUUUGCUUUGGUGGUAGUAGGAUAACAAUUAAGGUGUUAUUUAAAGUGUAUCCUCUAUAGUGUUAUGAAUGAGCCUCAGUGUGCUCCUGCUUAUUUCAGUUCACUGCGUGGGCAUUACUCUGCUUCCACAGUUUAGUGUAUCCUUUUAUGCUUUCUUUCUUCAUCACCGGAAUGUUUUAAAAAGAUGCAUAUUUUAAUAAUUUAGAAUCUUCCAUAUGCUACACUUUCUGUGCACACAAUUUUGGUGGAGAAUUUUAACUGAGUGUAUUCUUGUUUAGGCACUAGAUGCCAUGAACUCGGUUUUGCAGUGUUUUUCUCAAGGAAAUGCACACUGCAUCAUUUAUUCAUUGAAAAAGCCCUGGGGCAAGACUUUUGCUGAGUUGACAAAAGUGGCUAGUCCUGUAGCAGUGUUUAUGAUCUAGUCAUGAAAAAAAUGUUUGUUGUUAGAGACCUUUCAGUCACAGUUAGCUAAGAGUACAAUAACCCAUCUUUACCAUGCACUAUGACCUCAUGUCUGCACAUUAGGUAUUUGUGAUGCCAUACUGUGCAAACAAAUGUGCAAUUUUAUUUCUAUUGUAUGUAUGCCACCUGUUUCCAGUGUGCUGCUUCAUCAAGCUUCCAGGAAAGAAAAAGACGGCUUUUAUACUUGUUAGGCAAACAAUCCCAACUGUGAUGGAUCAUGUACUCCACUAGGACACCCUCGUGCAAUGCACGUCUCUAUGCGAUGUAGUGCUAGAGCUGUUAUAGAAAGUGGGGCUACUAGACAGUGAACAAGCGAUGCAAGCUGUUACUUUUUUCCUUCUUUCUUUGAAGACACAAAUGCAGGGCAUGAAAGCAUUGCUAUGUUGAAGUAAAUACGCAGUUGUAUAUAAAAAUUUUCCACUAGUGGCACAUCUAGUGGUUCUCAUUCAUUAGCAGGUGUAGUAGUGCUGUGGCACUCAUUUGCUCGGCAAAAAAUGAAGUUUAUUGCAGCACUUCUUUCUUGGUCUCUUUGGUUUAGAUAAAAAUCUUGCAGACGAGUACGCUCUGCCUGAACAUUAGGUGUAGACUGUGAGACCACUUGUGGUAGAGUCCACUAUUUCUUGUUAGCAAUGCUGGUCCCUAGUGUGGAACUUCUCCACCAAACUUGUAGAUAACUGUGAAUAGCAUGCGUGUACAGGUUGUUUAAAGAGGCUCUCAUUGCUGUAGAUAUGUAGCCUCUCCUACCUACACCCACUCUGAAGCAUCUGCCUAUGUCAUUGCCUCCUAUGUGUUGUGUUGUGCACUUUGCAAAUUGAGGCAAGAGCUUCAUGUCUGUUGGAACUUGAUUUUGACGUAAGGUUAGAUUUAAUUUUUGAUAAUUGUCUAGAUUUGGUGAAAUAUGAGCACAGUUAAACUAUGUUUGUUUAUGAAUUUGGGGAAAUGUAUUGUUAGUAUAGUGCACACAUCAACGAUAACACAUGCAGAUCUUCUUCUGCCCUCUCUGAAUGUGCCCUAGGUGAGAAAGCCACUUCAACUUGCUUUGGCUGUUGAGCUCUACAACUGUGUCGCUGUAGAGCUAAUGUUUCAUUUUUGUUGUCAGUCUGUUGUGUUCUGCAUAAUUUUUUCAAGGUGUGCGGAUCACUGUUUUAAAAUAAAAGCUGUUAUACAGAAACUUGGUCACAGCUCUGCUUAUUUUAUCCUUCUCACUUAUGGUAGUGUCCACUAGGGAGGCUUGAAAGUUAGCGUAUUAGGCAGAUGUAGCAUGCUAUUCAGAUCACACAUUUUAGGUCACUUUAUUGUGUGUAACUGCUGUGGCCAUGAUAUGAGUAUUAUGCAAGACCAUACACAUCCAGGGACAAAGCAUUUUCAUGCUGUGCUGCAAGAUUUGUCAGCUAUACUGCAAAUUAUCAACACACAGAUCUGCAGGGCUGCCGUUAAAUUUUGCCAAACAUCACUUUUAAGCAUUUGUCAAUCUGGAAUGUAAGUAUUAUGUGCCCUAGCAGUAUGCAAUUCUGCAAUAUUGACAGAUGACUGCGGAAAUUGCCUUGACUUCUCAUUGAUACCUAGUAGUGUGACAACAGAAUGCAUCGCCAUCAGUUUGCGUUAUGUGCAUCAGUCAGUUUAAAAUUGCCUAUAAUUGAUACCAGACAAUAUAUUGUUGCACACAUGCUGUGGAAAGAUGCUACAGAACCAACAAAUUGGUCAGCGAAUGCCGUGGCCAUUGCUGCUUGAUUUAGUUUCUGUCAUCACACAGCUGUAGUUUGUAAAGCAUGUUUCUUGUCUAUGUUCCCAACAAUAGUUGUGCAUAUAUUGUGUUGCAUAAAAAACUUCGGCUACUUUUUGUAUGCUGCACCGGUAACUAGAUUCUCUGAAAAAUAUUGCAUUCCUGUCCAGUCCAGCUGUAUGACUGUGUCUUAAGUGUAAAUCAUUUGUGUUUGUUCUGUAAUGUUUUGUAAAGUUUGUGUACUGCCAAAUAUUAGAUGCCAAUAAAUUGCAUUACCAUUGC